AGCUUAAACGAUCCCGGAAUGCUGACGUCAGCCUCUGCUCUCUACUUUCCCUUUUCUCGCCUUUAUUUUUUAAUUUUCUUUUUUUUCCCAUUAACCAUUUUCUUAGUUGUCUUUCCACUGAAGAAGAUGAACUUAGAAAGAGAGGAGAAUCUUAAAAACGGUUAAUCACAAGUCACCAUGAGAGCUCCACACUCGACUUUCUUCUUCUUCCUCCUCCUCCUCUUAUCGUUCUCCGUCAAUGGCGUGAAGCUGAACGAGAUUCAUCGAAGAAUUCUCCACCAGCCGCUUUUCCCUUCCCCGGAGACUUCUCCUCCAGAUAUCGAGUCCUCACCGCCUCCUCCCGACGCUCCCGAUCAGCCUUUCUUCCCCGAGAAUCCAUCCACGCCUGACCAGACUCAGCUCCCUCCUCCUCCUCCUCCUCCUGCUUCCGCCGACGUCAAUGGCGGAUUACCGAUUCCGACGGCUACUAUCACUACUCAACCAACAAAACCUGGGAAGAAAAUCGCGAUCGCCUUAUCCGUCGGACUCGUCACGCUCGGUAUGCUCUCGGCUCUCGCUUUCUUCUUGUACCGCCGCAAAUCAAAACACGCCAGCGAUACUCAGAAACUCGUUAAUAACGGAAGAGGAGGCGAUGGCGGUUCUCGAAUAUUCCACGAAGAUCCGAGACCACCAACGACGUCGUCUACGUUUCUAUACAUGGGAACCGUUGAGCCGAGCCGCGAACCGGUUAGGGACUCUGUUAGUGGAAGUAAUAAUAAUAAUAAUAACGGACCGGUUUAUACGUCUCCGUACCGGAAAUUAAAUUCGGUUAAGAGAUCGGAUCGUUACCGUCCCAGUCCCGAGCUUCAACCGCUCCCUCCCUUAUCUAAACCUCCGCAACCGUCUGAUGAUAACAACUCUCCGUCUCCCUCUUCGUACUCCGACGACGAAGAGGAAUGCCGCGACGCUGCUUUCUACACGCCCCACGGAUCUGCUAUCAGCAGCGAUGACGGUUACUACACGGCGUUUCCUCGCUCCGGCUACUCGAUUCCUCCUCACUCGAAGAGAACCUCUCCGAGGUCCAAGUCUGGUUCGGCGGCUGCAGGAUCGCCGGAGAUGAAGCACGUUAUCAUUCCGUCGAUAAGGCAGAAACAACCGCCGCUUGGGAGAUUGGAAACUGAUGAUGAACAAGAGCUUCCUUAUUCAAAGAGCAAACCUAAGUUCUCUCAGCCUCCUCCUCCUCCGGAUAGAGCGGCGUUUCAGGCGAUUACUCAGGAUAAGCCUCCUCUCAUCUCACGAGUGUCUCCUCCUCCGCUCCAUACGCCACCUCCACCACCACCACCACCUCCAAGAGAUUUCCAGAUACGUCCAAAACUCAGCAAUACAGAAGCAACGAAGCCAGACGAAUUGUCAAGAAAACUAGCGUUCAAGACUCCAAGGAAAGCUGUUGAAGAGGUCAAAAGUGUAUCAGCAGCAGAAGGGGAGAUGGAUCCAAGCAGGCCAAAGUUGAAGCCACUUCACUGGGACAAAGUACGUGCGAGUUCUGAUCGAGCCACAGUUUGGGACCAGCUCAAGUCAAGCUCAUUCCGAGUGAACGAAGAUCGGAUGGAGCAUCUGUUUGGUUGCAAUUCAGCAAGUUCGGCUCCAAAGGAACCUGUGAGAAGGUCAGUGAUGCCUCCAGCUGAGAAUGAGAACAGAGUGCUUGAUCCUAAGAAAUCUCAGAACAUUGCUAUCCUCUUAAGAGCACUCAAUGUAACGCGUGAGGAGGUGUCAGAAGCUCUUUUUGAUGGUAAUCCCGAGAGCUUAGGUGCAGAGCUUCUAGAGACGUUGGUGAAGAUGGCUCCAACAAAGGAAGAAGAGAUAAAACUCCGAGAUUACUCUGGUGAUGUCUCGAAACUAGGAACAGCUGAAAGGUUCCUUAAAACCAUUCUUGAUAUUCCUUUUGCAUUCAAAAGAGUUGAAGCAAUGUUGUAUAGAGCCAACUUUGAUUCAGAAGUCAAGUAUCUAAGGAUCUCUUUCCAGACACUAGAGGAAGCAAGCUUAGAACUAAAAGCAAGCAGGCUAUUCUUAAAGCUCCUCGAGGCUGUUCUAAUGACAGGAAACAGAAUGAACGUUGGCACAAACCGCGGAGAAGCCAAAGCCUUCAAACUCGAUACUCUUUUGAAACUCGUAGACGUAAAAGGAGUUGACGGAAAAACAACACUGCUACACUUUGUCGUCCAAGAGAUCACAAGAUCCGAGGUGACCACGACAACAAUAGACGAGACCACCCUCCAUGGAAACAAAGACGGUUUCAGAAAGCAAGGAUUACAAGUCGUCGCUGGACUCAGCAGAGACCUUGCAAAUGUUAAAAAAUCAGCCGGGAUGGAUUCCGAUGUACGGAGUGGCUACGUGACAAAGCUCGAGACGGGUCUUGAGAAACUCCGAUCUUUUAUCAAGACAGAGACAACAACAUCAACUCCAGGGAAGUUCUUUGAUUCGAUGAAAACGUUUCUCAAAGACGCAGAGGAAGAGAUUCGGAAGAUCAAAGGAGAAGAAAGAAAAGCUAUGUCGAUGGUUAAAGAAGUAACAGAGUAUUUCCAUGGAGACGCUGCAAAAGAAGAAGCACAUCCUUUGAGAAUCUUCUUGGUUGUCAGAGAUUUUCUAGGAGUUCUCGAUAACGUUUGUAAAGAAGUGAAGACGAUGCAAGAGAUGUCGACAACGAUGGGUUCGGCUUCAGCUAGAUCGUUCAGAAUAUCAGCUACAGCUUCGUUACCGGUUCUUCAUAGGUAUAAGGCAAGACAAGAAGAAGAUACAAGCUCAGGUGAUGAUGACCAUAGUAGCAGCAACUCUUCUACGUGAUGACACACAAAAAGCUGUACAGUUUUUUUUUGUUAAGACCGAGCAAGGCAUUGAGUUGUUUAAGUCGGAGAAUUUGGACCGGUUAAGAGAGUAACAGACACAAGACUA